CGCCGAGCGUGCACGACUUCUUCGCUUCGGUUCUGCUCCGGUUUCUUCAGCUGUUUGUCUGUCAAGCUACUUGUCAAACUACAUUAAGAUUUAGCUAAAAAUACGACUACACGAGAAACGGACAAAUAAAACAAGGAAAAUGCUUCGCGGAUACGAGGGCGUGAGAUAUAUCUCGGAUAAGACAAUGGUAGUGUUCGACAUCGGUAGCGCGUACACAAAGUUCGGCUAUGCGGGAGAAAUGUCGCCACGUGGUAUUAUUCGAACGGAGGUGAGAUGCUCGGAAUCAAAGAAGAUACGCAGAAUCAUUGACUACAAGGACCCCGAGGACCUGUAUCAAUUGCUCGUGGAUUUUCUUCAUCUAUUGUUUUUUAAGUACGUCGUGAUAAGCCCGAAAGAUGCGAGAAUAUUGCUCUUGGAGUCUCCACUGGCAGUAACGUCGUUCAGAGAUACCCUCGCGAAAGUAAUGUUCAGGCACUUCGAAGUCGGUUCUAUGUUGUUUCUGCCGAGUCACUUGGCGACGAUCAGCACUCUCGGUAUCGAUACAGCUUUGGUAUUGGACGUCGGAUAUCAGGAGGCAACUCUGAUUCCGAUCUUUGAGGGAAUACCGGUACUUAAAGCCUGGCAAGCGUUGCCCCUAGGCGGACAGAUUGUACACGAGAAUUUAGGAAAAUACUUUCGAGACACAGCAAGCAAUCUAGAUUUGUCGGAAAAGAUGCUGGAGGACAUCAAAGUAAGAACGUGUUUUGUAACCACCCUGGAAAGGUCCGCAAAGCUAGGAACCGAGAAUGCUCCGACUCCACCUCCCGACGUCACGUAUCCCGGUGUUAAAAGAAUCUUAAUACCUGGAGAGAUCAGGGAAAAAGCGUUCGAGAUACUGUGGGAAAGGGAUAACGAUAAUCUUUCUUUACCCACUAUGAUACUCGACGCUAUCGUUAAGUGCCCAUUGGAUACGAGACGCGUGCUGGCCGAAAAUAUAAUACUCGUCGGAGGAACGUCUAUGACAAAAGGCUUCGCGAGUCGUCUGAAAUCGGAAUUGUUGGCUUUAAUUGCGAGCGAUCUGUAUAAAAAUAAAUUGAAGGUGGAAUCGUUCAAAUUUCAUACGGCACCCAGCAAAUCAAAUUGCACGGCGUGGUUAGGCGGUGCUAUUUUUGGCACGACAGAUUUGCCAUUACGAUGUUUGACAAAAGAAGUGUACUUAAAGACUAAUCGAGUUCCCGAUUGGUCUAAUCUUAUAGAUAAUCAAAAGGAUGAAACUUCGUACGAAAUAUGAAUAAAUGAGUACGUCAUAAGA